CGCAUCAAUUUCUAAAUUGGUAUCUCUGUUGUCGAAAUAAGUUUCGUCGCAACACAAAUGAUUAAAAUAAACGCCGUUCCCUGUCUACGUAUUUUUACAGAUUGAUAUACCAAACGCUUUUCAAAACAUCUGCCUCACAGAAUAUGCAUUCACAACAACAGCUGACUCUUUGUAAACCGCCCACGUUUAUCAGUGAAGGUGACUAAGAUGCCACAAAUUGAUGAUCAAUAAUGAAGGAAAAAAAAUGGAAAUUUCAUUCUGAUUUAGUAAAUGAGUUUUGAUAAAAUGUGCGACGAAAAUAUUUACAGUACUCCUAUAAUGUUUAUACACAAAGCACGGCUUUGAACAGCACAAAUCUGAUUCCGUCUUUGGAAUUGUAUUGGUGUUUCGCAUACAAACGAGAAUUAUGUGAAUGAUCCAAAAUAUAAAAAAAUGUAUGGAUAAAAUUAUCUUGUUGUUUUUGCAGGUUUAACAUUCAAAGCUAAAUAUAAUAAAGAAGAAGUAGUCAAAAAUGUGCAACUGAAUGUGAUAUAACUUUAAAAGAAAAUGAGUGCGGACAAUAACCAAACAAGUCGAAAAUUGCGUUCACCACAAAACGGAGACUAUUGUGAUCGAAGUUCACCAGAAAGCACAGAAUCAGACAAAAUUCAUCUUGACCACAAUAUACUGAAAGAAAAAACAUCAAGUUCCGUCUAUGAAGGCCAAGAAAUUCAAAGAACAAAUGAAUUUGAUUACGUUUCAAUUGAUUCACCACGUAACAUAGAAGAGGAUUUACAGACAAUAGUAAAAAAUGAAGGAAUUCUAAUCCAAAAAUCCGUCAGUACACAAACAUCUGAUUCAUAUUGUAAUUUGGAUGAUGAAUCACAGUUAAAUGAAGAUAGAAGUAUUGGCAAUGAAUUUGAACCACCUCAAGAUCAAACGAUAUCAUCAUCAUCGGAUAAUUCGAUUACAGAGGAAGGAAAUUCCACAUCUGAAGUCCAAACCGUUAACAAUACAAUCGAAUCGGCAAAGAAAAGAUUGAAGAUUGCAACGUUGUGGUACAAAGUGAAAAAAUCUGAGAGUAAAGCGACUUGUGGGGUGGCUACAGCG